CUUUUACAGUAAAAUAACAUAGAAAAGUUGAAUUAUCACAAACUAACUCUUUUUAAACUAUAUGUACAAAUGCUAUUGUUGUCAUCAUUUUCAGAGAGAUGAAGUCAUAAACAAAGCUAUACAACAACAAAUAUUUUUUUGUUUUUUAAAAUAAAAAUCAUAAAGGUUGAGUGAUUUGCUUUAGCCGCCAUCCACUUCACACCCUACAAUUCCCAUGAUCAUGAUUAAAAAAAGUAUAAGAAAGUAAAAUUACAAAAGCAGUUUUCUACAGGCUGUGCUACUUACAUAUUCUAUAUAAAGCUAUCUCAAAAUUCUCAACAACUUGAAUGUUUCAAUUUCCAAAACUUCGAUAUAAUAUAAUCCUUCCAAAUAGUACUGCUACUUAAAUUAACAUUAAUAUUAUAUCCUAGGGAUCAUAAAAUUAUGGGUUCAUCAUCAACCUACUUCUUUGCUGCAAUAUCUCUCAUCUGGCUACUUAUGUGUGCUAGUAGUAUCAAUGCUCAGCUUACACCGACUUUCUACGCAAAAAGUUGCCCAAAGUUGCUAAACAUUGUGCGUGCUACAAUGGCUAAAUCUGUGGCUAAGGAACCGCGUAUAGGUGCUUCCAUUCUUCGCUUGUUCUUCCAUGAUUGUUUUGUAAAUGGUUGUGAUGCGUCGGUGCUACUCGAAGACACACCUACCUUCAAAGGCGAGAAGAAUGCCUAUCCAAAUCAAAACUCAUUGAGGGGUUUCAAACUGAUGGACAUCCUCAAAAGGAAUGUGGAAGCCAUUUGCAAAGCAACGGUAUCUUGCUCCGACAUUUUAGCCCUUGCAGCACGAGAUUCAGUUGUCCUGUUGGGAGGCCCUUCAUGGACGGUACCCUUAGGAAGGAAGGACACAAGAACAGCAAGCGAAAGUGCAGCAAAUGCCAACCUCCCACCAGCAACAGCCAACCUUGCAACUCUCAUCUCUCUCUUUGCCUCUAAGAACCUAACGGCCCGCGACAUGACCGCCUUGAGUGGGGCCCACACCAUAGGCAUGGCACGGUGCACGACGUUCCGGUCCCGUAUCUACAAUGAGGCCAACAGCAUCAAUGCCACCUUCGCUACAUCAAAGAUGGCAACUUGUCCAUCCGUAGGUGGGGACAACAACUUGGCCCCUCUUGAUAUGAGUACCUCGAACCACUUCGAUAAUGGCUAUUUUAAGACCCUUAUGGCUAAGCAAGGGCUUCUCCAUUCUGACCAGGAGUUAUUCAAUGGUGGGUCCCAGGAUGCUUGGGUUAGGCUUUAUGCUAAGAGUAACUAUGCUUUUGCUCAGGACUUUGUUGCUGCUAUGGUUAAAAUGGGUAACAUUAGCCCACUUACUGGUUUUAAUGGUGAGAUUAGGAAGCAUUGUAGAUUUCUUAAUCAAUAAUUUUUUUUUUCAAUGGUGAGAAGAUUUUUUGUGUGCAUAUAUGAUAGUCCCGUUGAAGAACGUAAAUCAUGUAAGAAUAACAUGGGGUUCUUUUUGGUGCAUUUAUUAGAGUAUAGGUUAGUUAAAUUUUUGAUUUUAACGCAGAUCAAUCAUUUAUUAUCUGUGUAUUUUCCAAGAGAGGAAUUGGAAGAAGGGAAUAAAGAGAGAUAUACUAUAGUACUGUGUGAUCUAGCAUUUUGGGAGCUCGUGCAUCAUGUGUAAUUUAUAAACUUAAAGUUUCGAAGUCUAUACUAAAUUGCACUCAGCUAAAUACUA